GCGCCCCCUUGUUCCACUGCAAAACACGCGUACGCCUGCCUCAUCGACAUCGACAUCGACAUCGACAUCGACAAUCGACAAUCGGCAUCGGCAGCGGGCAGCGGGCAGCGGGCAGCGGGAAGCGAGAAGCAGCAUCCGCAUCGAGAUGUGCCCUCUGCUGCUGCUGCUGCUGCUGCUGCUGCUGCAAGAUCAGUCACGCCAGGUCGGUUUCUGCCCGUCUUGUCUGGGUUGCUGUUCCUUUUUCGUCCGGCCGUCCGUCCUUCUUCACGCCCCCCUCCUAGGUUGCUCCGAGAUCGACGGCUGGGCGGCGCGAGUAUGCCGUUGGUGCCUACCUAGUGGAUGGGUGAUCAUCGUCAUUGGCGCCUUCUACUAUGGUACUUCUUCUGGUUCUUCAUCUUCUUUCGCAGUUCACUGCACACGACUCCCGCCACCGUCACUACCACAUCAGCAACAGCAGCAGCAUUAUCAGCAUCACACGUAGCGACAGCGACAGCACAGCCUAUCUCACCCGCAACCCCAGCCCCAGUCCCAGCCUCAGCCGCAAUCCCCUCGCCCAAAACGGCACCCGUCCGAAAAGCAAAGCAAAUCAAAAAGCAAAGAAAAAAAAAGAAAAAAACGGUUGGCACCGGGAUCGCCGCCGGGGACCCUUCCUUGCGUGCUCCGAGUCGCGCCUUAGAGUAGCUAGCUCCGGGGCGCGAGCAACGCCGCCGCGGCUGUGCCUGGUGUUUUCGUGCCUUGCCGUGUGGGCGUUGGAUCUGCCUACCGGCCUGCUGCCUACUGCUUACUGCCUACGAGCUACACUGCCUGCUGGCGAGUGAAUGGCUGGUUGCUGCGCUGGACUGUACAAUACCUAGGCAUGCACACACGCGCGAACGCACGCAGCUGUCCAACCGAGCAAGCAAGCGGGCGGGCGGGCGCGUGAGCCGCGCUUCUGCUGGCUAGCUGGCUGGCCGACGGGCUGACCGGUUGGGUAGCUGCUUGCUUUGCACAUACACACGUAUCUAUAAGGCAGGCACCCGUCGGCCUCUCUCUCUUCGGCGCGCAUGCACGCAGCGCAGCGCAGGGCGUCGCAUCACGUGGCGGACAGUGCCAUGUGCUCGUCGGCAGGGCAGCGUCAGCGGCUGCCAGCAUGGCAGCACAGCAGCACAGCAGCACAGCAGUACCGCGGCUGCUGCAAGGGCCUGGGGCGGCG